AUGAUGGAGUGCCUUCCUCACCUUCCUGUUCAUGGCUCCAGCUUCUGCUUGAGGAGCAGAGCUCUCCUGCUGCUUCUCUCCCUCUCCUUGGAGCAGACUUCUGCAUCACAUGCCAACAAAAUCAAAUAUAAAGUAGGAGUGUGUCCCAAAGAGAGAGUAAAAUGUACAGCUGAAAUUCCGGGCAUGUGCAAAACAGAUUUCAACUGCCAGGCAUACCUGAAGUGCUGCCCUUUUUCCUGUGGGAAGAAGUGCAUGGAUCCAUACAUAGAGCCCUGCAUGUUACCCUUAGACAAAGGAAUCUGUCAGGAAGAUUUGAGUCGCUGGUAUUUUGACUUUGAACAAUAUCAAUGCAAACCCUUUAUAUACGGUGGUUGCCAAGGGAAUGCCAACAACUUCUUCAGCAAGGAUGACUGCAGGGAUGCCUGCUUGUUAAUUGUCAAGAAAGGGCAGUGCCCACUCUUCCCCUACGAGGCUCGAAUGGAGUGUCCAGCAUCAUGUAGGAAUGACAUGGAUUGCCCUGAGCAGGAAAAAUGCUGUGAUUCUAGGUGUGGCUUUAUAUGUGCCAAGUCCUGGACAGUCAAAGCAGGUUUCUGCCCACAUAAGCCCAUGAUAUGUAACAAGAUUGAUACACCCAAAUGCCUGCAGGACAACGAUUGUCCACUGGAGGAGAAGUGCUGCUCGCGUUGUGGACUGAAGUGUUUUGAUCCCAGAAACUGA